AGUAAAGACAUCCACGAGAGGGAGAGGGAAAGCGGGAGCCAGCGAGCUAAGUACCAAAAUAACGUAACAACUUUUGGGAGUGUGCGCGCAAAACUCACUGCUCCGAAGAACCCUAAGCCAACCCCAUUCAAAUCAAAUUUCUCAAGUUUCUUCCCCAGAUUUCUUCUUGUUUAUACUCAUCUCCAUGAUCGAAUUUCUUCUCAUUUCUCCUUGAUUUCAAUCUCCCUUCUCGUUUCUAUCUGUUUCACCAUUGCUUUUGUCGGUUUUUCCUUUCCUCAAAAAUGGAUAUUGAGCAGAAGCAAACCGAGUUCAUCGAUCACUUUGUAAAACAAGCUUCCUCUCUGAAAGGCUCUGCCCUUGGGUCCGUUGUUACUGACGCCACUUCUCACCCUUCCCUCUUCGCCUUCUCUGAAAUUCUUGCCGUUCCCAGCGUUGUCGAGCUAGAAGGAACUGAGCAUUCUAUAUAUCUUGACGUGCUGCGCUUAUUUGCAUAUGGAACAUGGAGUGAUUACAAGAGUAAUUCCAGCCGCCUUCCCGAAUUGAGCUCUGAUCAAGCCCUCAAACUAAAGCAACUUACUGUCCUUACAUUGGCUGAGACAAACAAGGUGUUGGCCUAUGACCAACUAAUGCAGGAAUUAGAUGUUACAAAUGUACGAGAACUGGAGGAUUUUCUUAUUAAUGAAUGCAUGUAUGCGGGUAUAGUCAGAGGGAAGUUGGAUCAAUUGCGAAGGUGCUUUGAGGUCCAAUUUGCUGCCGGGAGAGAUUUGAGACCGGGGCAACUUGGAAACAUGAUACGAACACUAUCAAAUUGGUUGACUACAUCAGACAAUUUAUUGGUCUCCAUUCAAGAGAAGAUAAAAUGGGCCGAUAAUAUGAGUGAAUUGGACAAGAAACACCGAAAGGAUGUUGAUGAUAGGGUGGAAGAAGUUAAGAAAUCACUUUCCUUGAAGAAGUUACAAACUGUAAGCAGGCCAACAUUGACAUCCGAGAGCAUGAGGAGAUCUACUCUGAACCUGGUGGAGUAAUGGACUAUGAAGAAGAUCGUAGUCGACCAAAGAGGAGACGACAUCCAAUUUCUUAGAGAUAUGCAUGUGGGAGUUGAAGAACAAAACCAACCUCCAAUCAGACGGGUGUCGAAACAACUGCCUAUUUUUGUUGGUGGCAAGAAAAAGAAAAGGAAGUAAAAGAAUUAAACAGAUGUUGAUUUUUGGAUUUUGGAGAAAGAUGAUCUGUCUGAGCCCUUCUCUUAGAACCAUGAACAUGUUGCUUUAGGUUCUUGUCUCAUAACAAUAGCUUGUCUUUAAAUUCAAUUUAAUUUUUAUUGAGUUUAUUAGAGAACCAAACAAUCAUAGAAACGCUGCCCAUUUUUCAUACACUUCAUGUUAUCUUCGUGUAUGCAUUGGUAGGGUUGGAAAUCUAUUCUAUGUUCUGGUUUUUCA